AUGGGUUUUGAUUUCCAGUUGGUUUCUUAUAUGGAUCCAAUUCUAAAAGAAGCCGAUGAUGCAAUUCCAUUAGAGGAUGACCCUGAAGAUAUGAAAUUGGAAGGAAAAUGCAAGAAGGGAAACAAAAGGUCCGAGAAGUAUCCAUAUAGAGUUCAAGACAAAAAGCAAAAGAAAAUGACCGGUUAUAACAUGUUUAAAACCGAAGAGCUUUCUAAGGGUAUUGAUAGUCAAGAAGAACUUGCUAAGUUUGCUAAAAAAGAAGAUGAAGGUUUUCAGGGUUACACAAGGUAUUUUUUCCCAAGAUUUGUAUUUCCUUCAAGGAUGGCAAAUGUUAGUUAUUUGUGUUUAACUGCUCAUUGGAUUGGUAAUGAUUGGAAACUUCAAAAAAGGAUUAUAAGUUUCAUUCAAGUCCCAAGCCAUAAAGGAGAUACGGUGGGAAAGGAGUUGAUUUUUUGUCUUAAAGACAAGGGAAUCAAUAAGAUUUUUUGUGUAACUGUUGAUAAUGCCUCUUCGAAUGAUGUAGCAUUAUUGAGAUUGAAGAGUUAUUUUGAGGAGAAGAAGGACGGUCUAGUACCGGGUGGAGAAAUGCUUCAUAUGAGGUGUUGUGAUCAUAUACUCAAUCUGAUUAGAUUUGUUAGAUCUUCCCCAAAACGACUAAAAAGGUUUAAGGAGAGUUGCAAGGAAGCUAAUAUUGAGUCUCAAGCUUUGUUGUGUUUGGAUGUCACAACUAGAUGGAAUUCCACAUACUUGAUGUUGCAAGCUGCUACAAAGUUUAAAAAAACAUUUGUUGGUUUGGAAAGUGAUGGAAACUAUACAAAUUAUUUUAAUGACGAAAGGUCCGAUGGAAGAAAUAUAAAUGGACCACCAACACAUGUCGAAUGGGAUCAAGUAGAAGUAUUUGUUAGGUUCUUGAAGACUUUCUAUAAAAUGACUUUAAAAUCUAGUGGCUCGAAGUAUGUAACUUCUAACUCUUUCUUUCAAGAAAUAUUUGAAAUUCAUGUAGAGUUGAAUGAAUUAGCUAAAGAGCCUAACACUUUGAUGGGAUCCAUGGCAAUUAGUAUGCGGAAAAAAUAUGAUAAGUAUUGGGGCCACGUUGAAAAGUUUAAUCAGUUGUUGUUCAUUGCAAUAGUUCUUGACCCAAGAUGCAAGUUGGAACUUCUUAAAGUCGGGUUCGAACUUAUUUACGAUGUAGAAAUUGCAAAAAUAUUGUUAAAAAGAUUUGAAGAGACACUCCACAGACUGUAUGCAUGCUAUGAAGAAAUGUCAACUCCAAUCACUCCACCAUCGGCUUCAUCAAAGGAGGCUACCAAAAAUAGUAGCUCAAGUCCUUCACAACCUGCUUUCGGUCUUUCUAAACAAAUUCCUUCUAUUUUUAAAGCUAAACUUAUGCAAAACACGCAAUCUGAGAAGAAUGAUUUGGUUGAUUAUUUGUCUGAUCGUUGUGAAGAUUUAAUUGAUCCCAAAUUUGACGUAUUAGUACGGUGGAAAUUGAACGCGCACAAGUACAAGAUUCUCUCUAAAAUUGCCAAAGAUGUAUUAGCAAUUCAAAUAUCCACGGUUGCUUUAGAGUCGACAUUUUCCACGAGUGGUCGGAUUCUUGACUCCUUUAGAAGUUCAUUGAAUGCAAAGAUGGUUGAGACCUUAAUAUGCACGAAGAAUUGGUUGCAUAGCAGCAAUGAACCUAUAGUGCUUCGCCGAGAUUUGGAUGAGGCAGAAUCAUUGAAUGACUCAGAGAAAGCAAGGCCGAAUCAUGUUCUACAACAAGGAGCAGUAAUCCAAUUUUUAUCAAAUGAGAGGAAACCACACCAUAACCACAAACAACCUUGUGGUGAAAGCUUGUUAAAGAAGAAUAUUUGGGCAUCCCCCUUGAAAAAUGAUUUGUUCUUGAAAAAGAACAAGAGGAAGCCUCACGAAUUAGCAAAAAACUGA